CACUCAGACAGACUGUAGGCCUGUAUUCUCUGAUGAAGUAAAGCUAGACUGUUGCAUAUAUCCCAAGGUCUAUGGUAAGGACUGGGCUGCGGGAAGUGCCACUAGGGUCCGUGUGAGGCAGCAAGGAUGGGAUUCCACAAACUUUAUUUCGUUUGGAUGAUGAUGAUGAUGAUCAAUCUGUUCUUCAAUGACUCGGACCAAUGCGACGUCUACACCGACGCAACAGUUGACGCCAUCGCCGGUGAGGAUAUCACCUUGACAUGCAAAGUGAAGAAUCAGACCUCGGACCGAAUUCACUGGAGAACGCCAGAGGGCUUCAUCAUUACCGAGAAAUGCGAAUCUGUGGCGGACAAAUUCAAAAUCUAUUGCAGUAAUGCUGACAAUUUGCACGCGUUUCAGCUGAAAUUUAAAGGUCAAUGGACGGAUAGAGGAAAGUAUAUUUGCCACUGUGAUGAUACGAAGAAGUUUGUUGAGCUCAACAUGCAAGUCCGUGUACGAAACGUCACUGCAGACUGUCUCAUCAAAAACACCAACAAAAACUGCAGCUUGGAGAGACUGUCCAAGUACGACACACUCCUCUUCACGGCGACAUCCGGCUGCGCUACCCCUGUACCCACGAUAUCAUGGUAUAUACCAGGGUUAUACGAUCCUCUGACGGACAGUCAUGAAGACUCAGGGAAAAAACCGAUAGACACCAGUGCAUUUGGUGGAACACUUGACGAGAUGAAGUGCACUGGGCAAGACGAGGGUCUGACCAAGGUAGUUAGCACUUUUUCCGCCAGAUGGGGCCAAAUAGAGAUGGCAGAUGAGCUUAAGAUUACAACAUCGAAUGGGAUUGGGCGAGGCAAGAACCAUGUGUUUAUCCAAGGAAAUCACGAUUCGCCUCACAACAACCUUAUACUGAUUUACGUAAUAAUCGCCAUCGCUAUAUUCGUAAUAAUCUUCCUUAUUCUGCUGUUCGUCCGAUGGAGAUGUAAGUGUAUACGGACCGGGGACCAGUUUGGUUAUAGACCAGUCCUCAGGUCAAAGUGGCAGGCAUCAAUACUCUCUCCUAGCCUCGACAUUGGUAACGGUUGCUAAUUGAUACUUGCACCGUGUACUGCGAGGUACUUACGUAAAUUUGGUUUCUUCCGGUUUAAGAGGCAAAUGAAGCGAGUCCUCCUAUUGGGGGGUUGGUAGCAACAUUAGGACCUACAUGACCGCCAAAUACCCUCGCGAUCAAAGCAAGAUUGGAUCGGAUUGUGUUCUGUUUUCUGAAAUGAUAAAUCCACCAAAUGGCGCGCUGCCGACCUUUGGAAACAUUCGUACUGAUCAACUUGGCUUGUUUAUGUCAUUUUCGGGGUGAAGGGUAUUGUAGGCGGUCCUUUUUACUCAUACAUGACCAGACAGUGCCAACUGCUUCGCAAUGUCUUCAAGUGUAGACUUGUACAUACAAGUUUACAAUACAUUGUAUGCAAGAACAAAACACAUUUCUGUUGCCUUGCCCGUGUAAAGCCUAUCAGUCAUUCCACUCAACUUGAAGGAUUUCACUGUUUUUGUUCGAACCGUAAUAUCAUGUUGGUCCAUGACACUUGAAAGAAACCUAACAGUCCAUACAUGUAACGUUGCAGUAGUUUUACCAGCGAUGUAAUGGGUUCUAAUGUGGGGCAUAUGGUUGAUUCUGUUACAACUGGAAUGUUGUUCCAGAAGUCAUCAAGGUUAGGCUGUCCAUGGCCAAGGUCCGAUAUUCCUGAUCUUCUCCAUCUUGUCCGUCCACAAGAAAAAUACAUGUAUCAUCAUUUUAUUUGUUGCCAUUUUUUGCAUGUUUUGGUGUCGUACACUAACGGGCAGAAUCGGACCUAAUCUGGAGGUGAAGUUGAUCCACACUGUUUGGGCCUUGACCAUAAUAAGUAUUUUCAUUGGAGCAGUUAUCAGAAGAUGCUCAAAUGAACCUGAGUCCAAAAUGAUCUUAGCUGAAAAUAUCAUCAUAGUUUGGACUAAAUAACGAUUUGGCGAUGAGGCAACUUCAGCAUGUUCGGCCCUUGCGUGUCUUUCUAUUGGGCCAUAUUGGGUGACUUGGAAGUUAUUCGCUGACCCUUUGAAGAAAGCGUCUGUGUAGUGAUAACAAACCAUAUUUGAGACCGAUUAAGCCCAUAAUGAAUAUAAUUACAUUUAUAGUAAGGAUUACAGGACAAUUAGGUUUUGAAAUUCCGUCUUUGUUUGGCGAGGUGGGGACCUUUAUUGUUCGGCCUUCCCAUGCAUGCUUAUAGCACAUGUACAUACAUCUUAACUCCCGGGGAAUUAUACCACCUCCUACUUUCACCAGCAUAAAAACAGGGCACCUAAGGUCUCGGGAACUAACGUGGCAUUCAUAUAUGGAAUCAAAAUUUAUGUUCACUUAUUUACAUUUACGCUUACAGUUCAUCAAGAAACAGUCGUUUUCUUCAUAAUUAAUUUGUAAUUGCUAAUUUCAGUAGAAUUCAUUGUUAAAAGGAAAUGAUACUUUUAAAUUUUGUAUCAAUAGAUUAUUUUUAAAUUGUUAAAUUAUUGUUUAGAACUGCAUGUUCUUUGGAUAUUUAGAUUGAAUAUAUAACUUAUUGAAUAA